AUGAAACUCACGGUUUUUUCUGUUUGUGAUAUCUACGUGGUGGGAUAUCCUGACAACAGCGUGCGGAUAGAUAUCAGGCGGCGCGGCUCAGGGCGACGGCUUGACGUAACUAUCUUCCGGUUACUGGCGGCGGACUCGGACUCUGCGACGUCUCACGGCAAAAUAACGGGUGACUAUACAGUGGUGUUGGAAUACUCGAACAGGCGGUGGACUCGGACUGGCGACGUCUCACGGCACGAGCAGAACACAGACUGGACAGCAAUACAGUACACGGUGGCUCGACUCUGGAUGGCGGCUGCUCGACGUGGCGAUGAUGGAAAUGCCGGUUCAGACUGUAAACACAUCCGUGUAUAA